GAAUCUAGUUUGAGAAGAGAAAAUAUAGCUCAAGAAAGAAAGAAAAAAAAGAAGGAAGAAAAGAAGAAAUUCUAGAUUUCUUACUUGAGUAGUUACAUAGUUAGGUAUGUAACUAAUCGCCACGCAAAAAAGACGAAACACACGAAAAAAAAGGAAUAACUAAAAAAAAGACUAUACAUGACAUGGCAUGGCUCGUGCUAGCUUAGCACACUGCCAUUGGCUCAUGAGUAACUAUCGACCAUUUACAUUUGCAUUUGGCUCGCGCUGGUUUUUUGCCGGCUAUCCAUGCAUGCAUGCAUGCAUCCAUCCAUUAAGCAUUUUCUAUUUUGUGUCAUUAUAUCACAUGACGUAUCUUACUUGUAUCAUGUUAGAUGUAUUCUUUGCAUUUUGCAUUGCAGUCACCUGAUGUACUGCUUCCAUGAAAUGAAUGCAUCUAAUUGAUUGAUUGGUUGAUUGAUUUGUUCUUUAGAUAAAAACUCGCUGACUACAUAGUGUCUAGAUUGCGUGAUACUUG